AUGACAGCAUGUGCCAGGACUCAUGUCGCAACUACCACCCUUCCAGGUAGGACCGAACCUUCCUCCAGUUUGCACUACGCUACACUCGACUUCAGUCCAUCUACUCCGGAUCGGGCUCACUCUUCUGUGGACCUGCGGGGAACAGAACCUAUUGUUUGUACCCAGUGUAGUAACGAGUAUUGUGUCCAUGAAUCUGGUAAUCCCUCGGAAGGCCGAAGUACUGUUUGUCCCAUGAGGGUUUACGGUACCUUCGUCCACGGUCCGGCGGUAAACCCAAAUAACUCCGGCCAACGUGCCAGAUCUUUAAGUAGCUCUGGUGCACCACCCACCGUUUGUCCAUCUAGUAUGGGCACAACGGACAGUGAACUGCCCGUGAACUAUGUUGCCAUCUGUCAACUGCAAACGUUGGCCAUGCGUGCUGUUUUAAAUGCGACUACUUAA